CAAAAUCUACUACAGGAGAAGAAUCUGACAAUUACUCGUGUAAUACUCGCGGCAGCAAGUUCAUGUCAAGAUGGAGAAAUUGCUAUAAUUGACCAAGCAUUGAGCAAGGUGAGGCAAAUACGUGGACUGGGUUAUGCUGAUACUGAAAGUUGGACUAUUUCUGGAGAAAUACUAAGUUCUCGUGAAGGUGUAGAUUUUAUUCGGAAGGGACAAGGGGUAGUUGGGAGAGCAUUCUCAUCCAAAAGUGCAUGCUUUUGUAGGGAUGUAAGACAAUUAAGCAUAACAGAGUACCCGUUGGUAGUCCAAGCACGAUCCUACAAGUACUCUGCCUGUUUUGCAGUUUGUUUGCAGAGCCCUUGCCCAAAAAAUUGCAUUUACGUACUGGAGUUCUUUCUACAUAUGAAUGAAAAAGAUGAAGAUGAAGAUGAAGCAGACUAUGGGGAAGAUGAAGAUGAAGAUGAAGCAGACUAUGGGGAAGAUGAAGAUGAAGAUAAAGUAGACUAUGGGGAUCCUAUGACAUUGUUGCACAGCCUAAUGGAGACAUUGAAAGAAUGCCUGGGAAGUUCUUUUAUGAUUGCUUCAGGACAAGAAUUGGGGCAGAAAUUGACCGUUGAGGUUAUAAAGAUCUCUUCAAAGGAUGAAUAUGAUUCUUUUGAAAUCUGCAAUACUACCGGUAUCGAAUCUACACCUAGGCUUGGCGAAGUACGAGGAGAAGGAAUGAUGCAACUUGAUUUCUCAUCUCAGCAAGUUGAUGCUGCAAAUGGUUCUAUGAAUGGUAUCCAUGAACAGCAGAAUGGAAGUGUUGGAUCUACACCUAGGCUUGCAAAAGCACAAGGAGGAGAAGGAAUGAUGCAACUUGAUUUCUCAUCUCAGCAAGUUGAUGCUGCAAAUGGUUCUAUGAAUGCUAUCCAUGAACAGCAGAAUGGAAGUGCUAGAUCUACACCCAGAUUUGCAAAAGCACAAGGAGGAGAAGGAAUGAUGCAACUUGAUUUCUCAUCUCAACAAGUUGAUGAUGCUGCAAAUGGUUCUAUAAAUGGUAUCCAUGAACAGCAGAAUGGAAGUGCUGGAUCUACACCCCGGUUUGCAAAAGCACAAGGAGGAGAAGGAAUGAUGCACCUUGAUUUCUCAUCUCAACAAGUUGAUGAUGCUGCAAAUGGUUCUAUGAAUGCUAUCCAUGAACAGCAGAAUGGAAGUGCUGGUUCUACACCCCGGUUUGCAAAAGCACAAGGAGGAGAAGGAAUGAUGCACCUUGAUUUCUCAUCUCAACAAGUUGAUGAUGCUGCAAAUGGUUCUAUGAAUGCUAUCCAUGAACAGAGUGACAGUGAAGUGACUAAUGUGAAAAAGCGAAAGUCAAGUCGUACUUUAAAAAGCAAACUUGGAAUUACUCGUGAGGAUAUUGAACAAAAUUCUUGGAGGAGUCUUAAGGAUGCUGCAAAAGUUCUUCAAGUUAGCCGAUCUACGUUGAAGCGUAUAUGUAGGAAGUGUGAUAUUGACAGAUGGCCAUCUCGUAAAGCAAGAAAGGUUAAUCAAGCCUCUGCUGAACAGAGAGUUGUUCAGCCUUCUACUGAAAAUACUGCAGAACAACACCGGCCAGACACAACAAGGCUAGGAGAUGAUAGUAGCAUCUGGGUGAAAGCAGAAUAUCAAGGAGACACCAUGAAGUUUAGACUUCCAUUGUCAGCCCAUAAAUUCAACUUGGAGGAGAAAGUUGCACAACGAUUGAAUCUACCGAUUGGAAGUUUUAAAAUUCAGUAUCAGGAUGAGGAGAAUGAAUGGAUUUGGAUAGCCUGUGAUGAAGAUUUGAGUACCUGUACGAGCACGUUAAGCUCACUAGGUAGGACAACAAUUAGAAUGUUGGUCAGGUGAUAGCAUAUUUAUGAGCCUUUGUAUAAUUAAUCUAUUUUUUAAGCCUAUGGUGCUCUAGUCUGCUGUAGCUUCCAAAAACCUGCAUUUUUAGGAUCAUUGACUAGAUAAAUAUGGCAGAUGAAGAAGAUGCCUCCCACACUUCAAUGAUCCUAGUGCGUUGU